AUGUUCGCCUCCAUUUGGCGGCGGCGGCUCCUCGGAACCCAUCAAAUUCUUGGCGGCGGCGGCGGCGGCGGCGGCGGCGAUCCCCUCCGGAUCAUCCUUGGCACCAUCCCUUUCGCCCACACCUACUCCUCGUCCGCCGUCGCCGAUCUCCCCAACUCGGAACCCUGCCCAGCCACCGUCUCCUACCUCAUCUCUUGCGGGCUCUCCCCCGCUGGCGCCGCCGUCACAGCCACCACUAAAAAGAUCCGCAUCCUGUCAACCGAGAAGGCCGACGCCGUGCGUGCCCUCCUCAGAGACCAUGGAUUCGACGACAACGACAUCGUCCGGACUGUUCGCAGCGCCCCGACGAUCCUCCUCGCCGAUCCCGAACGGGUCAUCCUCCCCAAGAUCCAGUUUUUCGCCUCCCUCGGCUUCGAGCCCCGCAAGCUCGCUACCGCGCCUCUCCUCCUCACGCGCAGCCUCGACGAGCACCUCGUCCCCUCUAUCCAGUUCCUCCGCGGCGUCAUCGGCAGCGAGGACGACCUCCGCCUCGGCUUCUCCCGCGCCCCCCGGGCUCUCCUGGCGGACGUCGAGAAAGACAUGCGCCCCGUCGUGGAAGCCCUCCGCCGCUGCGGCUUCACCGAUGCGGCCAUUUCGGAGCUCCUCGUCACCCAGAUGGGCGUGCUCUUGACGUCGCCGGAUCGCAUCAGCGAAGUCUUCGAGCAACUCAAGGCAAUCGGUAUGUGCAUCUCGGACCCGCGCUUCAUGCACUGCUUCCGUGAGAUGUGCCGCCUGAAGAAGGACGCAUGGCUGCGGAAGCUGGCAUUGUACCAGAGCUUCGGGCUGUCGGAGGGUGAGGUGCUCGAGAUCUUCAAGGCGCAGCCCAUGAUACUGCAAUUCGGCAACAAGAACAUGGAAAAGAAGGUCCGGUUCUUGCUGGACGAGCUGAAGCUUGGAACAAGCUUUAUAAUUGCACAUCCUGAGAUUCUGUGUUCUGGCUUGAACGAGUGCAUCCUGCCAAGGUGCGCCGUGCUGUUUGUGCUGAUGAGGGAGGGGAAGAUCCAGAGAGGUAUCGAGUUGGUUGAGGCAUUGCUGGUCGAUUCAAGUGUUUUCUCGGAGAGAUAUGUCUUGAGCCAUGCCGAUGAUGUGCCAGAUGUUGUCAAGGCGUAUGAGGGUGAGAUUAGAUUUCAAGGAUUCAGAUGAUUUAUCCGAUAGGACAGACUUCAGAAUGAUAUAAGACUCUGGUUUAGGCUUAUGUUAUUUCCAGCGCCAGGAAUGUCAAAGAUGAAGUCAUGAUCCAUGGUUUACCACUGCUUCAGAGAAUCAGAGGACAACUUGGCCACAUCGGUAGCCUAUUUGCACUCAGAAAGAAUUAUAUCAUCUACUUUUGUGAUUUAGCAGCUGUCAAUUUGCCUAUUAAACUCUAGAAUCAUAGAUAUUUGAAACUCCCUUGAUCUGGUAUGUUCAACUGCUUCUGCUAAUCGUUAUGCCUUUUACAUCGACCAUCCCAUUACUUA